UAAAAAAAACAUAAACAAAUCUCCUAACUGAAAUUAAAUUAUUGAUACAAUGAAUAAGCAAAUUCAAAAUGUAUCAACAAUAAUUAUCUGCUCGUUGUUGCUAUUGAUUAAUACUGAAAUUGGUAAUUUUUACCGAUUUGUCGAUGGAGCACAACGGACGAUUCAAGUUUCCGAUGAUCUAGACGACGUUGUUGACGAUGAAGAGGACGAGGCUUGGAGAGAAUGGGGAAGGAAGAAAUCGACUAGCUCCGAUUUCGAUCCGCCGCCGACGGAUUUUGGUACGAUGAGUCCGUCGGAAAUUCAAGCGGAAAUGAUGAAGCGGCAGCUGGGUCCGGUUUUUGGGUUUGUUAAACUCCGACUUGGAACUCGUCGGACUCAGGAGAAAGUUACUGAAAUAGCGAUGAGAUGGACCAAACUAGCAAGAACUGGAGCAAUCGAGGCAAAGUUCAUGAGUGUUGAUGUGAGCACAAUCAUGUUUACUAUGGAGAAAGGUCAAGACUCUAUCGAGUUGAAAGAGUUUUUGUUGGACCAACCAGAAGCAUAUGAGAUUAAAGUAGGGGACCAACUAUUUCGAAGACCAGGAGAUCCUCCUUUUGAAGAAGUAUUUGAGAAGAUUCAGAGGGAGAAAAGCAAAGUCGAUCAUACCAGCUCAAAGAAGAAUAGGCAUCAUGAGUUGUAAUCACCACAAAAGAACUCUUGACAACUAAUUUCGAUCGCCUAUAACAAGUAUUAUCAGGAGGGCAGGUGUAAAUGGCUGGCAUCUUACAUGUUCUUUUUUCGACACACACUUGACACUCUGUGCUUACAAGCUAUGCAUCCAAAUAAUCAGUUAAUUCUUCUAACAUUCGAUCAUUGAACAUCUUGUGUUGGGAAACAUCUUUGUCUGAGUAAUGGCACUUAUAAGGGAAUGAUUUUGUUUAUGUU